AGGGGAAGGGAGAGGGGGAGGGAGAGGGGGAGGGGAGUAGAUGAUAUGAGCACCUGGAUACCUACACCUGGGUGCUUACUCGCCUACCCCACUACCGACCAGAUACAUGCAUCACAUACCUUGGGCAAUGCAACUCUCGCGUGCACCUGCUGUGUACCUCGCGACGGCCGCCGCCCGGUGGCCCGGCAAGAUGAGGAAAAGCGGGUCCCACGGACCGGAAGACGGGGAUCCACUUUCCAUUAGACGGCGGCGGAGGAAUACGGGGCUUGCGGAAUUCACCAAGGGGCCGCCACUCUCUGAGGCCCCCCUUUUUUCCUUUUCUUUUCUUCCUUUCCCAUCAUUGCAUGUACUCCCUCAUUCUCUCAUCUUCUCAUUCACUCGUCCGCCCGGUGAUGCACGCAGACAUUUCAUCCGUGGCUGCUAACGCUGCCUUUGCAUUUGAAACGUGUCAACGAACGGACGCACCAUCAAGUCGAACCCCCUCCCAUUCUCUUGCAUGGCCGGAGAUGAUGCACAACUCCCCGCCCCAAUCCUUGGUUGGUCCCUCCUCGCCCGUUGUCAGAAACAUCAGACCGGGGAAGAAGGUGGGUAUCAUGGAGCAUGAAGAAAGAAAAAAAGAAAAGAAAAAAAAAAAGGGCUGGUGGUACGUACACAUGAUAUUUACUGCAACUCUCUCGACGGCAACACAAACCACUCAGCAACCACCCACUCACUACCUUUGGCCGACCGACGGCGACCUGGUUGAGUGCCGGCAUCUCUUGUCGAACACCGUCGGCGUAGACCCUGCCAACCGCUGUCGCCGCAGAUUGACUUCCCCCCACCCCUCGUCCCUGGUUCCCUCGCGACGCGAGCUCGGCCCCGAGUGUGAAGCCACACAAGCAUGUCGACGUUUGACGUCUUGAACCCUGGGAACAAGGUGGAGAAACGGGGGGGGCGGAUGGCCAAUCCUGUCUCCCCGUCCACUUCGUCCACCUCGUCUCGUCCCAACUCUGGGGCGUUAUUCACGUAGAAAUAAAUAAAUCAAUGAAAAAAGCAACGGAAACGAAAGAG